UCUCGAGAAAUUAAAAUGCUUGAUAAGUAUAAAUUAAAAAAAUUAGGCAAGGAGCUUGACGAAAAUCUUAAUGAUUGGAAAACAUUAUAUCAAAACAUACUAGACGCUUUUAAAAUACAAUAUAAUCCAGUAUCACAGUGUGCUAAAACAGAGUUCUUGGUAAUUGAUCUGGUCAUUGACCUUAACAAAGUUUUUGCAAAUCGAGAGCGCAUCGAAGCUAGAAUUAUUCGUAUAUUUGGAGAUGUAGUUCAAAUCCCGGAAAACCUUGUAAUCCGAGAUUUGGAUGACGACUACAACGUUAUAUUAAUAGUUGCGAGACGAAUUGAAAUUAAACCAGGAUGUCGAAUAUUUGUUAAUAAUGAGAAAAAAGAUCCUUUUCGGCUUGUUAUUUAUGCUAUGGAAAUUCCAUUAGACCUUAUUAUAGAAAUAAAAUCUAUACACGAUACUGUUACCAAUAAAUUUACGUCUAACCGCGAAUGUAAGCACAUUGGUGGAAUGCUUUCAAUGCAAGAUGGGCGUUUUGAAUAUAUAAAAUAUUUUGAAAAAUUCGAUACCAAUAUUCUUCAAAAAAAGGCAUUUAAUAAAAUGUUGCAAUUUUCUCUGCAAAUUGCCUGUGCUUUAUUUUAUGACGAGCCAAAAAUUACGCAAUCAAUUCUUACAUGGAUUAUUGAAAUAACAGCACAAUCACAAUCUGAAAUGGUAAAGGAAAUAUAUUAUCAUGGAUUGGCAGUUUUUGAACGAUUUAAAAUCCUUAAAGAAAGGAUGGAAAGAACGAAUCAAGUACGUUUUGUUCCACCACUUGAUAAGAAACAAUAUUGGAAAUAUAUCGAGGCUUUUAUGAAAACUGUAAAUUCUUACGAAAUUGAAUAUCUGACACUUCUAGAAAAUAGAGAUAUUAACAAAUUGGAGAGAAAAAAGCUAAAAUUGUUAUUAAAUGAUUGCAACGAUGCAAAACAAAUGUUUCAACGUUUUGAGGAAGAGAGCAACAAUCUUUAUCAAUCAUCAUAUGAAGUUAUUAAAAAAGCAAAAGGAGAUCUUGAGAAAAGAAAAGAAGAAGUCAUUAAUGCACGCAUUGCUUUCGAAGAUGGAAUUAAUGAGUGGAGGAGAAAACAAAAAUUUGCCGCGAAAAAACAAAUUGCUAUUGAUAUUUUUGAAAUAUUAUUAAUAAUUGGUAAAAUUAUUAUUCAAUCUGGUAGUAUAAUCGGUCUUAUCAAAACCGUAAAAGAUGUAUCAAAUUCAAUUCAAAAUAUUUUUAAAGACAUUUUCGCAAAAAAGAUCAUGGACAUAUUCAGCUCUGAUGAUGUAGAAAAAAUCGAAAAGUUAUAUAAUCCUGACGAUGCGACAAAGAUUAUGAAAUUAAAUGAUAUAAUUAAGGAAAUCAUUAAAUCUAAACAUGAAAUAGAAAGUUAUAGAGAAAUUGCUAAAGAACGUACUAAUAUUAAGGACGAAGAUGGAGAAAUCGAAUUAUUGAAUAUCGAUAAACUUGCAAAAGUCCUCGAAACAAAAGAUCAAAAAGGAAUCUUACUAAGUACCGAAUGGAAAUUAAUCCAUGAAAACAUAGAGAAAUUACUCAAAUUACCGAUCGAUAAAAAAAUCGAAGGUGCAAAAGAAUACUUAAACUCAUUAAAGAAUUUUUUUCUUUUUAUUGAUUCGUACAUUAAAGCCAAAAUUGAAGAAACCAAAAAUAAAAGAGAAUAUUCACGGACUCAAUUACACGUAGAAACGUUCAAGAGAAAGGAAAAUCGACUUAAAACUAUGAUUGAAGAAUUUGAAUUGAACCAAGAUUAUUAUAAUAAUAUAGCACUUUUGCUAUUUGAAAAUCUUAUCAAUUUAAGGUGCUGGAUUAUGGUAUACAUGGAAAAUUAUCGUUGUGCCUUUGAGUAUUGGUCUCUUUCAGAAUCUAAACUGAAACUUUCAGUUAUUAAAAAUUUCAACGAAUACGAAAAGGAUAUUAAUAAUGAAUUAGUAGAAAUUUACAAAAAAUUUAAUGGUCCACCACAAGAAUUUAAACUCGAAAUUGAUGUUGUUGAUGGAAACCAAAUAGAAGAAUUUAAACGUAAUGGGUCCGUUACAAUCGAUAUUCCGUUGGAUCACCCCAAGUUAUCAAUGAUUGAUAAUGCUCGACUUCAUGAAUUUCAAGUAUUUUUGAUAGGUGUUGGCUCAAUAAAUGAUGAAAUAUCACUUAGUAUCAAUAGUUCAAAUUCGUUUUUCGAUAGAUAUAAAGGAAUUAAUUAUAAAUUUAAAACGGUGCCUAGAAGAAGUCAAUUGUUUACGUACAAAUCAAUGGAUAAUUAUGCUUGA